CCAACAAUCCUGGAAAGAAAAGAAAAGAAAAACAAUUUGAAAACUUUACGUGAUGAUAUGGAGAACUGAUCAGACAGACGAAAUAAAAGCGUCUUAAAGGAAAUCUGGUUACGUAGCAAAUGCAAAGGUGGGAAGAGAAAUGGCCUGGCUUAUCCGCUUUAAAGCUCGAUCGCUUGUAUCAGCGAUAAGGCCACUACGUGAUGCCCUCGACUCUUUUCACUGCUCGCAAUCACACUUCUCUGAUUGCAGUGUUCGCAGUUUUCCAAGGAAAUGGCUUGUAUCAGGGUCAUCGUCUUCACCGGAGAUCACUAGGAGCUCCUCGGUUUCGGCUUUGAAGGCUUCAAGCAAUCCCCUUGGACUAGAAGAAUUUCCACAUGUGAAUGAUCAUGAGGAAAAGCUAAACUUGUUUGAUGAGUUGAAACAGAGGUUUCUGAGUUUUAAAAAGCACAAAUAUUUGGAAGAGUUGGAGCAUUUUCAAUCCCUUAAAGAAGCUCAAACACCCAAGUUUAUGGUAAUUGCUUGUGCAGAUUCCAGGGUGUGUCCUUCUACAAUCCUUGGAUUUCGACCGGGAGAAGCCUUCAUGAUCCGUAAUGUGGCAAAUCUUGUUCCUCCACUCGAGAAAGGACCAUCGGAAACCAAUGCUGCCCUCGAGUUUGCAGUAAAAACUCUUGAAGUUGAAAACAUAUUAAUCAUAGGUCACAGUUGCUGCGGGGGAAUUCAAACACUUAUGAGAAUGCGCGAUAAUGGCGACUCCAGUUUCAUCAAAACUUGGGUUACUAAUGGGAAAAUUGCCAAGAACAGAACAGAAUCUGCCGCAAACCACCUUAGCUUCGAUCAACAAUGCCGACUGUGUGAAAAAGAAUCUAUAAAUCGGUCGCUGUUGAACUUGCUAACAUAUCCAUGGAUAGAAGAGAGGGUGAAGAAAGGGUUGCUUUUUGUUCACGGCGGAUACUAUGAUUUUCUAAACUGUACAUUUGAGAAAUGGACGCUUGAUUUCAAGGGAAGCAGCGAUGAAGAAAGGGGAAGGAUUUUAGUCAAGGAUCAACAACUUUGGUGCUGACGGUUGCCUUCUCAAAGAAUAUUCACUUUUUACAUGUUGCUACCCUUGGAUCUUCCACACUGUAACGUGUUUAAAUGUUGCACUUUAAUCAUUUUUAACGAAGUAAAUAACAAUACAAGAUUUAACACCUAA